AAAAAUGAAAAGAUUCCAUUGGUGUUGCACACGUCAUCAUUCUCAUUGUUAUCCACUAUCCCCAUUAUUAUACGGGCAUUUUCAACUACUAAAUUAAUUUUAAAAAAAUCUUUUUUUUUUUUUUCUUCUACUGUGAAAACCCCAUUUUCUGCGAAUUCUCUGAUUUUGAAAUGCUUCCGUGUUGGGUUUUGCUUGCUUCUCUGUAUAACUGAAGUGAAUUUUGUUUGUACGCUGAAAUUUGGGGGAAAUUUUUUAGGGGCGGAAUUGCAAUUUUGGGGGGCGGCGCAAUGAUUAAGCUCGGAUUGAAAUCACGGUCGCGAAGAGUUGUUCAGGAGAGCUUUAUGGAUGUGGAGAAAUCGAAAAUCUGUUUGGGGAAAAGUAAAAAUAAAAAUAGAAGAGAAGAAAUUGGUGAAAAUCGGAGUGAUAGUUGCUGGGAGAGUUUGCCUACGGAAUUACUGAGGGAAAUAUUAAUGAAAGUCGAGGAAUCGGAAUCGAAUUGGCCGGCCAGAAAACACGUAGUGGCGUGUGCUGGUGUGUGUAAAAGCUGGAGGGAGGUGAUGAAGGAGGUGGUUGAAAGGCCCGAGGUUUCUGGGAAGAUUACAUUUCCUGCAGCUGUUAAACAGCCUGGCCCGAGAGAAUCUCUUAUGCAGUGUUUCAUAAAAAGGAACCGCACGACGCACACAUAUUACCUUUAUGUGAGUUUAAGUCAAGCGCUUGCAGAUGAUGGGAAGUUUCUUCUGGCUGCUCGUAAAUGUUGGCGGACCACAUGUACGGACUACAUGAUCUCUAUACGUGCUGAUGACAUGUCAAAGGGAACCGACACUUAUGUCGGAAAAUUGAGAUCUAAUUUUGUCGGAACAAAGUUCGUUGUGUACGAUGGUGUUCCUCCUCAUUCUGCAGCCAAAAUGGCUAAAAGUUGGUCCACUCGUAUGGUUGGCUCUAAACAAAUUUCACCGAAGCUUCUUACAGGCAACUAUGCGGUGGCCCACAUCUCGUACGAGUUGAAUGUGCUUGGAGCUAGAGGUCCGAGAAGAAUGCACUGCAUCAUGAACGCAAUCCCCUCCUCCGCCAUUAAACCUGGCGGCACCGCUCCAACAAGCCUCGACUAUUCUCCCACAAACCCGUUUUUCCGUACAAAAUCCGAUAAAUCAUUAGCGAUACAUUUAAAUAGCCAACAAGAAGAUUCACUUAUUCUGAGAAAUAAAUCUCCGAGGUGGCACGAACAGCUCCAAUGCUGGUGCUUGAAUUUCCAUGGGAGAGUUACGGCUGCUUCUGUCAAGAAUUUCCAGUUAGUUGCUUCUUCGGAGAACGGUGCACCUGGACCAGAGCACGAUAAAGUUAUUCUUCAGUUUGGCAAAGUCGGGAAAGAUGUUUUUACGAUGGAUUAUCGGUUUCCUCUUUCGGCUUUUCAGGCUUUUGCUAUUUGUCUUAGCAGUUUCGACACGAAAAUUGCGUGCGAGUAAUGUGCUCUUUCUUUUUCUUUUUUUUUUUUUUUUUUCGGGUUGAUGUUUAUAUUAGUUGUUUAAUUUAUAUGUAUUACUAUUGCAGUUGUCAUUAUGUGUGGCAGUGCGACAGAAUAAUAAUAAUGUUUAAAUUAUUGUUUUCUGUAUGUUGAUAUUUUCAUGGUAGUGAUUGGAGUUUGUAGAGUGGAAAUAGUGGAAAUGAUUUCAGCUGAUCUA